GUUGAAGGUUAAAUGUAUAGUCAAAAAGUAUAUUCCUAAAAUUUAAGUGAACAAAAUGCUUUGUCGGACAGUUUGUAAAUGCUUUUUCGGGUCUUUUUCGUCCGGCUUUUCGAAGAUGUUCUCUGGAAAAGGACCUGGAUCCGGGAAAGGCUUUUUUGAUAACUUUACAAAAUCAGGCGACAACAAACCUGGUCUCUUUAACUUCGGGCUCGGCGGCUUCGGAGGGGGGCCGUUUGGAGAUUUUAUUGACAAAGCCCUUGAAUGGUGUAGCAGGUCUCAUGCACUUGAUAUAGCCCGCCGAAAUGGAAUCGAUCUCCAUGAUAUUCGUUUUGAGAAAACCUCGGAGGGGGGUGUACGGGUUAUGGUUGACGCUCCCAAUGCUAGUCAGCUGCAAAUUGAGGAGUUAGGUCGUCGUGUACAAGAAGAAUGCCCUAUUGCCCGGUUUCGUAAAACGCAUAUCCAUACCCCUGAACAGCAAAUGAAGUGGUUAAGGCUCCCCGAUAAAUAUGAUCGUUGAUUAGUUUAUUCAUUUAUCACCACAUAAAUAUUCUGCUUAUAUGCUAUUUAUCGAGGUAAUACUUUGGUUAGUUAUUCUACGAGUUGAGUGUGCAUAUCUUUCUGCAUUGCAAAACUCUUUUUUUGUCAAUUUACUUCAUUAUUCUUUUUUUUCAUCUGAUCUGAAUUACAAUCUUAUUCCGACUCAAUAGCUUUUUGUCGGGAAUAAUGUUUUGAUGUGUUUAACAGCAGGUUUCUGAUCAUGGAUACCAUAAUUAUUACCAACAGAUGCUCGUAAAUUAGAGUGGUAUAGGACAGGAGUUUUUGCAGAUGAGUCCUGCUUUAAGUGUCCACACAAUGCAUCGAUAGCGAUGGUCUACGUUUGACUCUAGCGUACAGUAGUAGUAUAAUUGGAUCAAUAUAGGUAUUUACUUUUCAAUUUCAUACUGUAUUACUUUUCUAUACUGUGUACUAUUUGGUAUAUUUCAUGAUGUUUGGAUGGGUUAUUGUGGAGGGGAAAACAGAUCUUGCUUUUUCGUUUAA